UCUGCAACGUACGAUACCGCUGCCAGAAGAUGCUGAUAUUCUUUGUAAUAUAUUUUGCCGAAUGUAUGACUAUAUUUGAAUAACUAACAAUGCCAUUAGCAGAUAUCAUAUCAUCAUUAAAAGACAAUCCGUACUUCGGUGCUGGAUUUGGGUUAGUUGGUGUUGGUGCUGUUCUAGCGUUUGCUCGUAAAGGUAGUCAGUUUGCAAUGGUUGCAUUCAGAAGACAUUACAUGAUGACGCUAGAAGUGCCAAGCAAAGAUAAAAGUUACUUUUGGUUGUUACAGUGGAUAACAACACAUGCCAAAAAAACGCAACAUCUAAGUGUCGAAACAACUUUUCACCAAACAGAGAGUGGUAGCAUCAAAACGCAAUUUGACUUUGUCCCUAGUCCAGGCACUCAUUUCUUUUGGUAUGCAAAUUAUUUAAUACGAGUGGAAAGAAACCGGGAAAAACAAAUGAUUGAUCUUCAUAGUGGAACACCCUGGGAAACCGUCACGUUAACCUCUGUCGGAAGAAACAAAAAGAUAUUCUUUGAAAUCCUCGAUCAAGCACGUGAGUUAGCUUUGGCGAAACAAGGUAAAACCAUAAUGUACACACCAAUGGGAGCAGAAUGGAGGCAGUUUGGAUAUCCAAGAAAGAAAAGGCCAUUCACUUCUGUUAUCUUGCAUAAAGAUAUUGGGGAUACUGUCUUACUUAAUGUCAGACUGUCAAUUCUUAUCACAGGCAUUCCAUACAGAAGAGGAUAUUUACUUCAUGGACCUCCUGGGUGUGGUAAAAGUAGUUACAUAAUGGCACUUGCUGGUGCAUUGGAUUACAGUAUAUGUGUGUUGAAUCUAAGUGAUAAAGGUUUGUCAGAUGAUAGACUCAACCAUUUACUGUGUGUAGCACCUCAACAAAGUAUUAUCUUAUUAGAAGACAUCGAUGCUGCUUUCAUUACAAGAGAACUGAGUAAAGAAGCUAAAUAUGAAGGUAUGGGUCGUGUUACAUUUAGUGGUUUAUUGAAUGCACUGGAUGGUGUAGCAUCUACGGAAGCUAGAAUAGUCUUCAUGACAACAAACUAUCUUGAAAGAUUGGAUCCAGCGUUAAUACGACCAGGACGGGUCGACAUGAAGGAAUUAAUAGGACAUGCUUCUGAAGAUCAGUUAAUCCAGAUGUAUUCUCGGUUUUAUCCAGAUUACCCAGAAAGCAGUGCAUAUGACUUUGCUAAAUCAGUUUUAUCACAUAACAAACAAGUCAGUAUCGCCCAGAUUCAAGGUUAUUUUAUGAUGAAUAAAUUAGAUGGACAGGCUGUUAUACAAAAUACACACAAUAUAUGGACAUUGUGAUCAACCACUAGUGGAUUGUGUUGUUUUAAUGGAACUUGGUGAAUAAAGUGAAUAUUUUUA